AUGCUCCAAAUAAUCAUAGCAGUAUUGCUAUUGUUGGCAUCCAAGACCUCACUUGCCUUCGCACCAGUAGUGAGGAUGACAGCCAAAAGCAGUAGCAGCAGCAUGAUCGACAUGAUCAUGGCACCAAAGAAGCAAAAUCGUGACAAUACUAACACGCCAUUGUUCUACGCCGAUACCACUGAAAGUGAAACUGUUAAAGAAGAAAAGCAAUCUCCGGAACUAUUUGCUCAUUUCAACAGUGUCACACAAGGUUCCAAGGAUGAUUACUUCGAAGAUCAGGUCAAAACUACCGACAACAAGCAUCCCUACCGAGAUAAGACCAUGAAUGUCAUCUCAUCCGAACGAAAACUCAAGACUUGGUUGCACACCCAACAUUUGGAUUCCUCCAAUGACUUUUAUCCUGAGGGACUUCCUAUGGAUGUCGUCAUGGAACGAAUUGGGGAUACUUUGGAAGAUGUUGCCACACAUGCCCGAAGAAAGGGGUGCGAAUCUGGCAAGAUGAGCCUCACCAAAGACCAGGAAGACUCCCGCAAGACGGUCGUCGUCUUGGGCAGUGGUUGGGGUGCUCACGCUCUCAUGAAGGUGGCCGACUGCCGAAAGCUACGCCUCGUGGUGGUCUCUCCAGUCAAUCACUUUGUCUUUACACCCAUGUUGGCCUCGUCGGCCGUGGGCACGAUUGAGUACCGAAGCAUGACAGAAGCCGUCCGUUCCGCCAAUCCCAUGAUUGACGACUAUUUGCAAGGUUCCGCUGUGGGAGUGGACGUCCACAAAAAGACAGUUCAAGUUCAACUGAAUUCCUUGCUGGAAGAUGUGACCCAUGGAGAUCCUCCCACAUUCGAGGUCCCCUAUGACUACUUGGUGUGUUCGGUUGGUUGCAAGAUUAAUGAUUGGGGAAUCAAGGGAGCCGACAAGGCCUUGAGACUCAAGACUUUGGACGAUGCCCGCAUUUUGCGCAGAGACAUUUCCGAAUGCUUGGAAUUUGCUUCUCGGCCCGAUGUGGCAGGUGAUGAACACACCGCUGAACGAACACGACGCGUCACCUUCUUGAUUGUGGGAGGUGGGCCCACAGGCGUCGAAUUGGCGGGUGAGAUUUUGGACUUGAAAGCAGACGUCACCAAGUUUCACGCAUCCUAUCCCCAUCUGAAGGAAAACAUCCGUGUGGUGAUUGCCCAAGGAGGUUCCGAUUUGGUUCCUCAGUUUGAACCCAAACUACGAGAAGAAGCCAAAAAGUCACUCGAAGCCAAGGGCGCCGAAGUCCUCUUGAAUACAUUUGUCACCGAGGUAGGAGAUGGCUUUGCCAACCUCAAGACCAACGUGUUGGAUGAAGACGGCAAGGUUGUUGGCGCUAAAGAAUCCACACUGCCAUUGGGACUGACCGCCUGGUGUGCUGGAACAGCACCCGUUCCAUUUGUGGAAACCUUGCUGGAACAAUUGCCCCCCGAAGCCCGCAAUCGCGAUGGUCGUAUCAAGGUGGACAAAUGGUUGAGACCUCUCAUGCCAAGCGAAGAUCUAACUGGGUCCGUCUAUGUCAUUGGAGAUGCUGCAGCCUUUGCCGACCAAGGAUUUGGUGCCACUGCAGAUUUCCCCCUCCCACAGACCGCCCAAGUGGCUGGACAACAAGGUGCCUUUUUGGCACGACUCUUGGAUCGUGGCUACGAUGUAGCCGCCACCCCUCCCAUGUUAUUGCCGGCAGCUGCAAAGAGCAGCAAUUCCACAACUGCAAUAGAUGUAUUUAAUGAUCCUCAGAUGCGGGCCUGGUUGGAGUUGAGAGGAUUGGAUCAAGCCCCUGGAUUCAUCUUUUUGAAUCUUGGAAUCUUGGCCUAUACUGGUGGAGGUGAAGCUUUGAGCCAAGUUCAAUUGGGUGACUAUCCCCUCUUUUCCUACUUUGGCAGCGUUGCCUUUUUGCUCUGGCGAUCCGUCUAUCUUGUGAAGCAAGUCGCUACUCGAAACCGCGUCCUGGUCACCUUUGAUUGGAUGAAAAGCAAUGUCUUUGGACGAGAUAUGACAAGAUUCUAA